UUGCCUGCAAUCCAAGCCGCAGAGUGAGACCGUGCACAUAAUGUCGAGGAGUACAUCAUGGUGGAGAUCCAGCGUGCCGGGUUCCUCAACCCGACGCCGAUCCAGAGCCAAGCGUGGCCGGUGUGCAUGUCGGGCCGUGACAUGAUUGGCGUCGCGGCGACCGGCAGUGGCAAGACGCUUGCGUUCCUCUUCCCGGCGGUUGUGCACAUCAACGCACAGCCGCUGCUGCAGCGCGGUGACGGGCCGAUUGCACUUGUCCUCGCGCCGACGCGCGAGCUUGCAUGCCAGAUUGAGAAAGAGUGCACCAAGUUCGGGCGGUCGUCGUCGAUCAAGAACACUUGCGUGUACGGUGGCGCGCCCAAGGGCCCGCAGCGUGGAGCACUCCGGCGAGGCGUGGAGAUUGUCAUUGCCACGCCUGGGCGCCUCAUCGACUUUCUGGAGCAGCGGGCGACAAACCUGCGGCGCGUGACAUACCUGGUCCUCGACGAGGCCGAUCGCAUGCUCGACAUGGGCUUUGAGCCGCAGCUUCGCAAGAUUGUGGGCCAGAUCCGGCCGGAGCGGCAGACGGUCAUGUUCUCGGCCACCUGGCCGCGCGAGGUCGAGUCGCUCGCCCGCGACUUUCUCAAGCAGCCGGUCCAGGUCAACAUCGGCUCGACGGACCUGUCGGCCAACACCGACAUUACCCAGAUUGUGGAAAUGGUCUCGCGGUACGACAAGAAGUCGCGGGUCUUCCAGCUCCUCAACUCGAUUGACCCGACGGCCAAGGUCCUCAUCUUUGCCAACACCAAGCGCAUGGUGGAUGACCUGACCCGUGACAUGCGGUCGUCGGGCAUCCGUGCCCUUGGUCUCCACGGCGGCAAGGAGCAGGCCGAGCGCGAGUUUGUCCUCGGCUCGUUCAAGUCUGGCGAGGCGCCGAUCAUGAUCGGCACGGACGUUGUUGGCCGUGGCAUCGACGUUGACAACAUUGCCGUCGUCAUCAACUACGACCUGCCCACCAACAUCGAGGACUACAUCCACCGCAUCGGCCGGACUGGCCGCGCUGGAAACAAGGGCACCGCCUACGCAUUCUUUGAUCCGGACAACGACUCCAAGGCCGCCCGCCCUCUCCUCAAGAUCCUUGAGGACGCAGAGCAAGAGAUCCCGCCCGCCCUUCGCGAUGUCGCCGCCUCGUCGCGCGGCCGCGGUGGCGGUGGCCGCCGCCGUGGUGGCUACCGCCGUGGCGGCGGCGGCCGUCGCAACGCAGGCCGUACCGGCUCGAACAGCCUUCCGCUCGGCGGUGGCGGUGGCCGCUACUAGUUGUGU